AUAAAUUACACGUUCCGCUCUUAUUAACCGCGGACAACGCAGAACAUAUUUAAAACGCUGAAACCAAACAUUUGAAAACAGAGCACCCUAUAACAAGAGACGUAUUCGAACCAGAGACACAGUUAACAUAUUGCACAUCGACUUUCAACGAUCAAGCUUGCUAGUGACACGUGAUUCUUGCGAUCUUGAACCUAUUUAACCGUAUACAGGUUGUUAACGGGAAGGAAAUACAAGAACUUCAGAAAAGGAAAGAGAAGGAGACUCGGGAACGUGAGCAAGAGAAAGUGGAUAAGAUGGACGGCAAGGUUGACAACUUUGUGAGAGCUGAUAAUGAUGCAUUGAACACAACCUCGAGGCAGCGUCAGCCUAGGGACACUAGUACAAGGCUGUCAGCAGAUGAAAAGGAGGCAAAUGGGAGGAACGGUUCUAGGGGAAGAAUCAGUGCUGAAAUCGACAAGCAAUUUCUUGCUGCUCCGGUAAAAUCUGCUGUUGAUAAGUUCCAGCUUCUUCCAGAAUUUUUAAAGGUGAGAGGCUUAGUGAAGCAACAUCUUGACUCUUUCAAUUACUUCGUCAGGACAGGAAUGAAAAAUAUUGUGCGAGCCAAUAAAGAGAUAAGAUCCACUGUUGAUAAGAAUGUUUAUCUCAGAUAUAAAAGUGUUCGUAUUGGUGAACCUUCAGUGGUAGUCAAUAGUGUCAUGGAUCAGCUCAACCCUCACAGAUGUCGUUUAUCUGACAUCACGUAUGCUGCUCCAAUAUAUGUUGACAUUGAAUAUGUUACAGAAAGUAAUGGUAAAAAAAGCGUAGCGAUUAAGAAUGACGUAAUCAUUGGGAAAAUGCCUAUAAUGUUAAGAAGCUGCUGCUGUCUCUUAUAUGGGAAAGAUGAAGAAGAAUUGGCGAGAUUGGGCGAGUGCCCACUUGAUCCUGGAGGAUAUUUUAUCGUCAAAGGAACAGAAAAGGUGAUUUUGAUUCAAGAACAACUUUCCAAGAACAGAAUUAUUAUUGACACCGAUAAGAAAGGAUGUGUCCAAGCCUCUGUUAUGAGCAGUACUGAAGCACGAAAAAGUAAAACAGUUAUAGUGAUGGAGAAAGAGAAGAUUUAUUUGAGUCUGAACCAAUUUGAAAAGAAGGUGCCAAUUAUGGUGGUUAUGAAGGCUAUGGGUAUGGAGAGUGACCAAGAGGUUGUGCAAAUGCUUGGAAGGGAUCCUCGAUAUGGUGCAUUACUUUUGCCAUCGAUUGAGGAAUGCGCACUAAUUCACGUUUACACACAACAGGAGGCCCUCGAAUUCCUUGAGGGAAAGGUAGCAAAGUCACGUUUUUAUAGUGCUUCGGUUGAAAAGGAAGGUCGAGCUUUGGUUAUCCUUCGUGAUGUAUUUGUUGCUAACAUUCCAGUUCGAGAAAACAAUUUUCGAUUGAAGUGUAUGUAUGUGGCUGUAAUGAUGCGACGCAUGAUGGAAGCAAUUAUUAACAAAGAUGCAAUGGAUGACAAGGAUUAUGUGGGGAACAAAAGAUUGGAGCUUUCAGGGCAAUUAUUAUCUCUACUCUUUGAGGAUUUGUUCAAGACGUUGAAUGAAGAAGCUGUGAAGGAGGUGGAUGCUGUCCUCAACAAGCCAAGUAGAUCUCGUUUUGAUUUUUCUACCUAUAUUACUAAAGGUAGAAUCACAGUUGGUCUAGAGAGGGCCCUUUCUACAGGUAACUGGGAUGUAAAAAGGUUUAGGAUGCACCGGAAAGGCAUGACACAGGUUGUUGCUAGACUUUCCUUCAUAGGAACAUUAGGUAUGAUGACAAGAAUCCAACCACAAUUUGAGAAGUCGAGGAAAGUUAGUGGACCUAGAGCCUUGCAACCUAGCCAGUGGGGAAUGCUUUGCCCUUGUGACACUCCAGAAGGUGAAGCAUGUGGUUUAGUAAAGAACUUAGCUCUGAUGACUCAUGUUACAACUGAUCAAGAGGAAGGCCCUAUAAUUUCUCUGUGCCACUGUUUGGGUGUUGAAGAUCUGGAAUUACUGUCCGCAGAAGAACUUCAUGCACCAAACUCAUACCUGAUUAUAUUAAAUGGGCUUAUACUUGGCAAGCAUCGGCGACCAAAGCAAUUUGCACAAGCAAUGAGAAAGCUGCGAAGAGCUGGUAAAAUUGGGGAAUUCAUUAGCAUUUUCGUGAAUGAGAAGCAGCAUUGCCUCUACAUUGCUUCAGAUGGUGGCCGGGUAUGUCGACCUCUUGUAAUUGCUGACAAGGGUGUUUCAAGAAUCAAGGAACAUCACAUGAAAGAGUUAAAGGAUGGAAUGCGCAAUUUUGACAGUUUUCUACGGGAGGGCUUGAUAGAGUAUCUUGAUGUUAACGAGGAGAACAAUGCAUUGAUUGCUCUAUAUGAAGGAGAGGCCACAAUAGAUACAACCCACAUUGAAAUUGAACCUUUUACUAUACUGGGUGUUUGCGCUGGAUUAAUUCCAUUUCCACAUCACAAUCAGUCACCCCGAAACACAUAUCAGUGUGCAAUGGGAAAGCAAGCAAUGGGAAAUAUCGCUUAUAACCAGUUAUGUCGUAUGGACACACUAAUCUACCUAUUAGUGUAUCCACAAAGGCCAUUGCUGACAACACGGACAAUCGAGCUGGUUGGAUAUGACAAGCUUGGAGCCGGGCAAAAUGCAACUGUUGCGGUUAUGAGUUAUAGUGGCUAUGACAUCGAGGAUGCAAUAGUUAUGAAUAAAUCCUCACUUGAUCGUGGUUUUGGCCGUUGUAUAGUAAUGAAAAAGUUGUCUGCUGUGCACCAAAAAUAUGCGAACAAUAUGUCGGAUAGAAUAAUUCGACCACAAAGAGAUGGACGAAAUGCCGAAAAAAUGCAGAUUUUGGAUGAUGAUGGACUUGCUGCCCCUGGAGAAAUCAUUAGGCCGCAUGAUGUCUAUAUUUAUAAGCAGUCGCCUAGUGAUACGAAAAAUACAGUUAAUGAGCCAGUACCAGAUAGUUUUUAUAAAGAUAGUUGGCAAACAUAUAAGGGUCCUGAAGGGGAAACUGCUGUGGUGGAUAGAGUAGCUCUAUCAACAGACAGGAAUGCUAACUUAAGUAUCACAUUUAUGAUACGGCAUACUCGUAGGCCUGAGGUUGGUGACAAAUUUAGUAGCCGACAUGGCCAGAAAGGUGUUUGUGGUACCAUUGUUCAACAGGAAGAUUUUCCUUUCUCUGAACGUGGGAUCUGCCCUGAUUUGAUCAUGAACCCUCAUGGAUUUCCAAGCCGGAUGACUGUUGGUAAGAUGAUAGAGCUUCUUGGGGGCAAAGCGGGAGUUUCAUGUGGCAGGUUUCAUUAUGGCAGUGCGUUUGGGGAACCUAGUGGUCAUGCAGACAAAGUUGAAACAAUAAGUGAAACCCUUGUUAAGCAUGGCUUCAGCUAUACUGGCAAAGAUUUCAUUUAUUCAGGUAUCACAGGUAUGCCGCUACAAGCAUAUAUCUUCAUGGGGCCAAUUUACUAUCAGAAGUUGAAACACAUGGUCUUGGAUAAAAUGCAUGCUCGAGGUAGCGGGCCAAAGGUCAUGAUGACUCGGCAGCCUACUGAAGGGAGAAGUCGAAAUGGAGGACUACGUGUGGGAGAAAUGGAACGUGAUUGUUUGAUAGCAUAUGGUGCUAGUAUGUUGAUUUAUGAGCGCUUGAUGAUAUCCAGUGAUCCUUUCGAGGUCCAGGUUUGCAGGAAGUGUGGUUUGUUGGGAUAUUACAACUAUAAGCUGAAAGCAGCAAUAUGCUCUACGUGCAAGGACGGGGAAAAAAUUUCCACCUUAAAACUUCCAUAUGCAUGCAAGCUUUUAUUCCAGGAACUACAAUCUAUGAAUAUUGUUCCGCGCUUACAGUUGACGGAGGCUUGAUCAGUAUACCUGACUCCAAUGCUCUGAAGACAACGUACUGUGUUCUGAAAAUAAUAGCAUUAUACUUGUAGACAGCCGUUCACAGUUUCAGUAACCUGUAAAGAUGACAUCCUACUGCAGCUUUCUGUUGAAAUUAAAAUCGCAUCAUAGAAGAGGCUCUUUGCUGUGGAGUUCAAGUAAAAGUUUUAGGAGUGCCCUCUCCAGAAUGCAGUAAUUCAGAGGGUUAAGUGUAUAUUCGGAAUUUUGUUGUGCGCAGUUGAAUACAAUUUUUUCUUUUACCAGAGACGAGAAUUCCAUUGAGGUGAUAACUAAUGGGUAGGAGGUUUUGCUGUAAUCCGCAGUUAUGUUCAAUAAACCAAAAACUUGUUAUGCAGUGGUUAAAAUAUAUGCUUUUUGUUUACAUUUAUUAUAAGUUAUGACAUGUUAUUAUCUCUCA